UCUGAGCUGAGCUCACCUCUUGCAGGCUUCGGCGCUUCUCUCGCGCGCUCCCUGCUUCCCCCUUUCCUUCCUGGAGGCGCGAGUCAUGGCGGCCCAGCGGGACGCAGCGUCUGCCUGCAGCGCCGACUCCUUCCAGCUGCGGCACUUGCACCUGGUGCUGUGCGUGGCCUUCGAGCCGGCGGGCUCCGGGCACUUGCGGGGCUCAGUCCGCCUGGAGCUGACGUGCUUGCGGGACCGCGCCAGCGAGCUGGUCCUGGACUCGCACCCCAGCGUGGAGGUGGAAAGCGCCGGGCUGGCGCCGCCGGGCAGCCCCUGCGAGCAAGCAGAGGCACGCGUGGAGUCCGAGGCGUUGCGCCCUCUCGCCUUUCAGGAGCGCCCUUUUGCCAGCUACGGCUCGGCGCUGCACAUCACCCUGCCCGAGCCUCUGACGUGCGGAGACACGGUCGUGCUGGAGAUCGCCUACCGAGCUGGAGGAGGCCCCGGGGUGUGUUGGCUCAGUCCUCAGCAGACUGCAGGGAAGCAGAAGCCCUAUAUGUACACUCAAGGCCAAGCUGUCCUGAACAGAUCCUUUUUCCCUUGCUUUGACACCCCUGCAGUUAAAAGUACAUACUCAGCUAUUGUCAAGGUCCCUGAGGGUUUCACAGCGGUGAUGAGUGCCAUCACCCAGGAGAAGCAGAAGGACGACACUUUCUUCUUCAAGAUGCCUCAUCCCAUUCCAUCCUAUUUGGUUGCCCUGGUUGUUGGUGACAUAGUUUCCGCAGAAGUGGGACCAAGGAGUCAUGUGUGGGCUGAGCCCUGCCUGAUUGACGCUGCAAAGAAAGAAUACAAUGGUGUGAUUGAAGAAUUUCUUACUACUGGGGAGAAGCUUUUUGGGCCAUAUGUGUGGGGAAGGUAUGAUGUUCUGUUUAUGCCACCAUCUUUCCCUUUUGGGGGCAUGGAGAAUCCCUGCAUCACCUUUGUGACUCCAUGCCUGUUGGCUGGCGAUCGUUCCCUGGCUGAUGUGAUUAUCCAUGAGAUCUCACAUAGCUGGUUUGGAAAUCUAGUUACUAAUGCCCACUGGGGUGAGUUCUGGCUGAAUGAGGGCUUCACCAUGUAUGCGCAGAGGAGGAUCUCCACCGAACUCUAUGGUGCCGCUUACACCUCCUUAGAAGCUGCAACAGGGAGGGCUUUGCUUCGUCAACACAUGGACAAUACUGGGGAAGAUCAUCCUCUCAACAAACUCAGGGUGCAAAUAGAGCCAGGAAUUGAUCCUGAGGACACCUAUAAUGAAACCCCUUAUGAAAAGGGUUAUUGUUUUGUGUCUUAUCUUGCCCAUCUUGUGGGAGACCAGAGCAAGUUUGAUGCUUUCCUGCAGGCGUAUGUGAAUGAGUUCAAAUUUCAGAGCAUCACAGCCGAUGAUGCUCUGGAGUUCUAUUUGAAGUAUUUUCCAGAACUGAAGAAACAAGGCGUGGACAAAAUUCCAGGUUAUGAGUUUGAUCGGUGGCUGAAUGUGCCUGGCUGGCCCCCAUACCUACCUGACUUGUCACCCGGGAAGCAGCUAAUGAAGCCAGCUAUGCAACUGGCAGAACUGUGGGCAUCUGCUGACCUCAAUAUGAGUGCCAUCAAAUCAGUAGAUAUCUCUGCCUGGAAAACAUACCAGCUGGUCUACUUUCUCGAUAAGAUCUUGGAGAAGUCCCCCUUACCAGAUGGGAACAUUGAGAAGAUGAGUGCCUUGUACCCCAACAUCUCCAAAGCACAGAAUGCAGAGCUUCAACUUCGUUGGUGUCAGAUUCUCCUCAAGAACAAUCAUGAGGCUGAGUUUGGCAAAGUAAAAUAUUUCCUUCACAGCCAGGGAAAGCAGAAAUAUACACUUCCCAUCUACCGAGCCAUGAUGAGUGGUUCAGAGACUUCCCGGGCACUGGCGGUGGAGACCUUCUCCGCCACUGCUUCACAACUCCAUGUGAACGUGCAGAACUAUGUCAAAAAGAUCUUGGGCUUGAAGAGUGAUAGCAACUAAGAGGACAGACAUAAUACCAAAGCAGUGUCUUUCAGAGCUUCAGCAAAUGUUUGUAUGUAAUGUGGGCAGCUGAGUGGGCAAAAAGAAUGCUUGUUUUCAAACCCUAAUUCCAGGGUUCAUGAGGUAGUAGACAAGUCCCACAGUCUUUGGAGUCCUGCAAAAUUAAAACAAUUUUCUAUGCUGGAAAACUAUGAAACCUCCCAAAAAGUGAAGAUACCUCAUGGAAAACAUGCUGGUUAAACAUUUUCUUUUCUUGUUUAAAGUUUAUAAAUGUAAACAAACAAUUAUAUACAAAAGAUUUCUAUGUAUAUGUUUCCAAAAUGUGAAACUGAAUUACAUGCACUAGUAAAAUGUUUGCUAUUUUUCAAUAAACAACAGUAAUCACUUUU